ACUCGACUGAACCAAUUCCGGUAUAUACUUUAAACCGACCAAUUAAACUGGGUUGGUCGAUAAGUUUCUGGUUUUCUUUUGUCCGUCACUAGAGCUCGUGCCGUGGCUCUUUCCAGAGUUACAGGACAGUGAGUUCAGGUUUGAGCUAGGAAAAGGAUCGAUUCAGCAGCAGUAGAGAUAGUGCUGAUGAUACGGAGUGCUGCUAAAUCCUUGAGAUCUGUUCAUCCUCGUUUCAUGGAGACAGGUACUCUGACAACUUCUUUGCUCCAUGGGCGAUACGAGUUCUUGUCUUGCUGCGGAAGAGACUUCUCUUGUCUCAGCAGCGAUAGAAACCUCUCUUACAAAGAGAGAUUGACAAGUGGCAUUGCCGGUAUUAACAAAGAUGACGCAGUUCAUCUCUUCAAGUCCAUGCUCCGGUCUCGUCCCCUCCCUACUGUCACUGACUUCAAUAAACUGUUCAGCACCGUCGCCAAGACAAAACAGCACAGCCUCGUGUUAUCUCUCUCCAAGCAGAUGGAAUUCAACGGUGUUGCCUUUGACCUCUACACUCUCAACAUAACGAUGAACUGCUUCUGCCGCCUCCGGAAACUCGGUUUAGCAUUUUCCGUAACGUCGUUGUUUUCAAUGCAUUGAUCGAUUGUUUGGUGAAAGAGAGGAAACUCAAGGAGGCUGAAGAACUGUACAAUGAGAUGAUCACAAGGGGCAUAGAUCCUGAUACCAUUACUUAUAACUCUUUGAUAGAUGGGUUGUGCAUUGAAAACCGCUUAGAUGAAGCCAACCAGAUGGUGGACGUGGUGAUGGUUAGCAAGGGAUGUGAUCCUGAUAUAGUGACGUUUAAUAUCCUCAUUAACGGGUACUGUAAGGCUAAACUGGUUGACGAGGGGAUGAGAGUUUUCCGUGAGAUUUCUCUGAGAGGGUUGGUUGCUGAUACAGUCACGUAUAACACUCUUGUUCAAGGGUUUUGUGAAGCGGGGAAACUCGACGUUGCUAAAGAACUCUUCCAAGAGAUGGUUUCUCAAGGUGCUCGUCCUGAUAUUGUGACGUACCGUAUUUUGCUGGAUGGGUUGUGUGACAAUGGAGAACUACAAGAAGCAUUGGACAUACUUGAAAAAAUGCAAAAGUGUAAGAAAGGCUCAUUGUCUGAAGCGGAUAAGUUGUUUAGAAAGAUGGGAGAGGAGGAUGGGACUGCGCCAAGUGAGUGUACAUACAACACACUGAUCCGAGCUCAUUUAGGAGGUAGUGGUGUAGCCACUUCAGUUGAACUCAUCGAAGAAAUGAAGAGGUGUGGGUUCUCUGCAGAUGCUUCCACCAUGAAGAUGGUUAUUGACAUGUUAUCUGAUGGUAGAUUGAACAAAAGCUUUCUAGAUAUGCUUUCUUGAAUGAUCUUAUCUUCAUCUAUGAGAAAGUCCUGAGCAGUGUUUUAUGAUGCUAAUUAUUAGAAACUUAAUGUUUAACAUGUAAACAGAGCGUGAUGCCUUCUUCGUUUUCAUUCUUCAUGUUUUUUCGUUUCUAAGUCAUGUUGGUAUAUUGAGGAGACAUGAAGACAUCAUCUUAAUGUAGUGGUGUUGUCACAUUCUGUUGAACUCAUCUGAGAAAUGAAGAGGUGCUUUUUUGAAUCUUA